AUGGCGGCCUUCAAUGUUGUGCUGGGUUGUGUGAUGGGCGUGCUUAUAAUAUUGUUUUCAAUCAGUUCGAUUGCUAGAUAUUAUAUAAAGUUCACAUUGUUCGUUGUGCUGUCGCUAAUUUUCGCGACACUUCCGAUUCUGCUUAUGUUAUACAGGCCGUUUGAUCCGAGAAAUGCUUUGAUACCAGCAGCACUUUUGAAAUACUCGUCGAGACUUCUGGGGAUUCGGUGGACAGUCCGAGGCCUUGAAAAUGUUGACGACUCACAAGGCGCCGUCGUCCUACUCAAUCAUCAGAGCAGCAUCGAUCUAAUCGCCCUAGCGGUGCUCUGGCCGCUAAUGGCUCGCUGCACUGUGGUUUCGAAGAGGGAGCUCCAGUAUUUGGCGCCCUUCGGCACGGCCUCUUGGCUAUGGGGCACAGUGUUCAUCGACCGGGGAGCCCGUUCAGCACAUUCGGUCCUCAACCAACAGAGCACCGCGGUUCGAGAACAUAAGCGUAAACUUCUGCUGUUUCCUGAAGGCACACGGCAUCUGAGCGACAAACUGUUGCCCUUCCGUAAAGGCGCCUUCCACGUCGCGAUGGACGCGCAGGCCCCCAUACAGCCGGUAGUCGUCUCGAAAUACCACUUCCUGGAUGCAGACCGUCCUCGCUUCGAUUCCGGUGAAGUCAUUGUAACAAUAUUGCCAGUAAUUGAAACGAAGAAUCUAAGCGAGGCUUACUAUUCGAGAAAAGGACAACUAGCUAAUGUAAAA